AUGGCUCUCAAAGGACGAAUUCGUCAAGAAAAUCGUCAGGAAGAAGGCCCAGAACCGAAGCUUGCGGUUAUGGCAGUUGUGUACAUUGAAGGAUUGGAAUUUGAGGCAAACCGAUGGGAUGUGUUGAAAAACGACUCCUCCCUCUCCAUCGACUGGCUUCCGAUGUCCCACGACGUCAUCGAGUCAUCCAGAAGACCUCCUAAACUCAAAUCUGUCCAUUUUGUGGAUGUUGGCCAAGAGACAACAGCGUUGGUUAUUGAACUUCUGUUUGAUUUGUUGAACAUGAAAUUGAGAUCGACUUAUGAGAUAAGGGUUGGCUCAUUAUACGACACUAAAUGUGACAAAAUGCUUGAUCUCACCAGUCACGCUGCUCUGAAUGUCACUUUUGCAUGUGAGAAAAUUAUUGGUGCAGACUGCAGAGAUGCCAUUAAGAUCGACCAUCACCCAGUAUGCAAUCUGAUGCGUAGCUAUCACACACGAGUGAUAGAGCUGGAGAACCACGUGGAUCAGGUGGAUGUGUUGAUCUCGAUUGAGAAGAAUUACCAUCGACUCAAAAAGAUGAGAUACUUUUUGGCUUAUUCUGGAAAAUGCGAGGAGCACACGAAAAAUGACCAUGGAGAAUGUGUAUUGGAUAUGGCGAAGGCGAAUACGACAAGAUUUUGUGUGCCGAAUCGAGUGAACUGUACGAGAUUUAAUCGAAAGUUUGCCUUCACCAUUUCAAACUACGACACUAGCAGUAAGUACGGUGUGCAGAUAUGUGGAAUUCUGGAUCAUCGGUUUGAAGCGCCGCCCAUUGUAUCGGGGACGAGUAAGAUUGCAGCGGAUGUGUUGACAGUUUCCACCACAAUCGCCUCCCUUUCCGUGAUUGCUCCAGCCGACUCUCUUCUUCGCACCCUCAUUGGAUACGCCUUUGUACUAGCCUUCCUUCUAAUCAUCCUCAUCAUCUUCAUCAGCUACAAGUGUGCAACAGGACGAUGGUGUAAAGGAAACAAUCAAGAAAGUGAUCAAUUUCUAAUGGAUGAGAAAAGUCUGACACUAUUUGAAGAUAUAGUGAUUGGCAAGGGCAGAUUUGGCACUGUUUAUAUUGAUGAACUACAAUUUCUAGGCCAAUUAUCCCUUGAUUGGCAUGGUCCGGUAGUAUUGGAUGACCAACAAAGGGUCGCUGUGAAAACCAAUCGUUACCUGGAUAAGUCUAAAAAACAAGACUUCUUCGAUGAAAUCGAAGGAGCGAAAGAAGUCGGAAGGCACUCUAGAAUCUUAUCUUUCAUUGGGACAGUCGUCAAGAAUGGAAAUGUAUUGCAUGUUAUGGAGUACUGUAGCAAUGGGAAUUUGUUGGAUUAUUUGAUUUUGAAGAGAAAGUAUAUGGUGGAGGUGAGACAGUUCUGUGAAAUGGUGAAAUUAAAGAUUGAUGUUUUUCAGCUCCAAGAAAAAGGGGUCAAUCUAAACGAGAGCCUCCCUAGCCUCAACGACAUUGACUUUGAUGAAGUAAUCUCCAUACAUGACUUAUAUAGAGUUGCAUCUCAAAUUUGCACAGCCAUGAUGUACUUGGGAACCAAGAGCAUUGUACAUAAUGCAUUGUGUGCUAGACACGUCAUGAUUUCAUCUGAUCAUAAUGUGAAGCUCGGAGACUUUGGAAGUAUUUCAACACCAACAACUCCGAAUUGCACCCCUGUGGUGAACCAAUACAAAUGGUCGAGCCUUGAACUCCUCCGUGGGGAAACCGCAACGGCUCUUUCGGAUGUCUGGUCAUUUGGAGUGGUCCUAUGGGAGAUACUGACCAUGGGCGGCCGUCCCUACUAUAAUGUUCCUGAUGCUGGAAUUAGAGGACUGGUGGAGAAAGGGUUCAGGUUGCAGAAGCCAGAUGGGUGUGCUAUUUCAAUGUACCAACUGAUGCGUGAAACCUGGCUCGACAAUCCAACGGACCGCCCGACGUUCUCUCAAAUCUCUCAAAGGAUCUCUCAAGCUGCUAGUCAGUGCACUCCGGAAGCUUCCAGAAACUUUUUGACGAUCUCAACACUUUGCGACUAUUACCUCGAUGAUCCAUCUUCCACAUCUCGCGACACUCCGGCGACGUCUUCAUUGCCACGUCGACAACACUAUGACGCGGCAGCGCUGAUUUCAGAAUCCGAACGUCUUCUUGGAUAUCGACUUUGA